CACUUUUGGCUGCGUUUUGGUUUCGUAUUUACUUGGGUCCCAGUCAUGCCAGCUCUGCAGUUCGCCAUGCAUUUGCCACCCUCUUUGGAAUAUACUUUGCUGUCUUCUGCUUUGGGUGGUAUUCCAUUCAUCUUUUUGUCCUGGUGAUGAUGAACUAUGGCAUUAUGAAUAUGGCAAGCAUUCCCAACAUCCACAGGUACUCCUUUGUCGUAGCUAUGGGAUACCUCACGUUGUGCCAUAUAAGCCGAAUAUACAUAUUUCAUUAUGGCAUUCUCACUACAGAUUUUUCCGGAGGAUUAUGCUGUCCGCUGAUGAUAAUUACACAGAAGAUCACAACACUUGCAUGCCAGUUACAUGAUGGAAUAGGGCGACAAGCCGAGGAACUCACUGCUGAGCAAAAUCGGCUUGCUGUAAAGACAAGACCUUCUUUACUAGAGUAUUUAAGCUAUCUCCUCAAUUUUAUGAGCAUCAUAGCUGGGCCUUGCAGCAAUUACAAGGAUUAUAUAGCCUUCAUUGAAGGGAGGCAUGUGCACAUGAAACUGUUAGAAGUGAACUGGAAGCAGAAGGGUUAUGACAGACUUCCUGAUCCUUCUCCAACUGGAGCAGUGAUGUACAAGCUGUGUAUCACACUAGUAUCUCUCAUUUUAUUCUUGACACUUACCAAGACCUUUCCUAUGGCAUAUAUUAUUGAUAAUGAAUUUCUUGAUAAAACACCCUUCUUGUCAAGACUUGGUUACCUGUAUGUUGUAACACAGGCAGCAAAACCAAAGUAUUACUUUGCAUGGACAUUAGCAGAUGCAGUCAACAAUGCAGCUGGUUAUGGAUUCAGUGGAGUUGAUGAAAGGGGCACUUUCCGCUGGGACCUGUUGUCCAAUUUGAAUAUCUGGAAGAUUGAGACUGCGACAAGUUUUAAAAUGUACAUUGAAAACUGGAACAUUCAGACAGCUGCUUGGCUAAAACGUGUUUGCUAUGACCGAGCUCCCUGGUACCCUACGGCUUUAACGUUUAUCCUGUCAGCCCUGUGGCAUGGGAUCUAUCCUGGAUAUUAUUUUACAUUUCUCACUGGAAUCCUUAUCACACUCGCAGCCAGAGCAAUAAGAAACAAUUGCAGACAUUACUUCCUCUCGUCAGUGCCUCUCAAGAUAGCCUACGACAUUGUCACCUGGGUUGUCACUCAACUGGCAGUGUGCUAUACCGUUGCACCGUUUGUGAUGCUGGCUGUUGAGCCCACCAUUAAAUUUUACAAGUCUAUGUAUUUUCACAUGCACGUUCUAAGCAUCCUGGUGUUGCUCGUGCUACCCAUCAGACCUCAAGCCCGCUCCAUAAGGAAGCCUCAGAACCAGACCACGCAGAACUCUGUUAAAAGCAAAGACAAAUGACACCUCCAAAGAAAAUUGCUGACAAUGGGUAAUCAAACUGUCAUAUUGGAAACAAACAAAGAAGAAGAAAAACGGGUGGGAUGAGGGUUGAAGUAGAAGACAAGUGGUGUUUCUAUUGGUUAUCUUAAAACCUUACUGGAAAGGGCAGAGAAGAGCCUGAAUGACUGUAUUUCAAAUUAUUCCAGUUACGAGAGAUUUUACAGGCAACGUUUACAGGCUCAUGGGGCAUUUUGAUUUUUUUUUAGUAAAUAUUUUUAUGAAGUGUUUUUAUAUAUUUAAAGUUUUUCACACGGAGAGGAAUUUUUGCUCUUUUACAGAAAUAUGCAUUUAUUAAUCAGUGAUCUCGCAAUUAGAGGGACAGGAAGCAGCUAGCAAAGGGUUAGACCAGCUGCCUGAUAGCCUGGUGCUGUGGGCAGCUGGCCCAGGAAGCUUUUCAUCUCCUGGCUCUGGAGGGAGAUGAUGCAACUAGAAAACUAGGGACAUGGGGUUACUCAAGGUGCUGGUGCUGACUUCUGCCCCGGCAGGGAGGAGAGGGAGAGGGGCUUUCUCCAGCCAUCCCCAGAGCAGGGACUGCAGCCUGAGCUCGGCAGCAAGGGCAUUCCACAUCCCUUCCAUGUCACACCUGCUGGUAAUGAGGGCAAGACAAGUCCCUUGGGAAUAGGUAUCUGGGAGCACUGGCAACUGGCUGGGCCAAAAUCUAAAGCCAAGUUAAAAAAAAAAAAUAAAAAAACCAACAAACCAAAACCCUUUA